AUGUGGUCAAGCGAGUCCCAGAUAACUGAGUCCCAGAUAACUGAGUCCCAGAUAACUGAGUCCCAGAUAACUGAGUCCCAGAUAACUGAGUCCCAGAUAACUGAGUCCCGCGUUCCGGAAUUCCAGAUGGCUGGGUCUCAGGUGGUUGGGUCCCAGUUAGUUGAGUCUCAGGUGGUUGAGCCUCAUGUGUUUGAGUCCCAUCCCUGUGCAUGGAAGCCCGGAAAGUCGCGGUGCUGUGGUUCGUCUUGGACGGGACACUUUUGGAAACAGUUGGAGCCGGAGCAUUACCGUGCGUUGAGGGCCAUCUUUACGUCGCGUUCUUUUUUCUCUGAGUUCUCCACGGAGUUCCAUAUGGCGGCUGUCAACUGCGGCUUCAACCAUCGAGAGUGGAGCCUGUUUGAAGGCCGACCGGUGUAUUUGCCAAUGGCCGGAAGGUUGACCCGCUUUGGUAAUGAGAUAUGGUGUCCAAACCGGGAGUCCGAGACCAUACCCGGGAGCCCGAAGAAGAGUGCGGCGGCAACAAGAACGCGUGAUUUUGAAGCAUAUCGGGCGUUGCACGGAUCCCUGUCUGAAAGUGAAUGGAAGCGGAUGAGGUCAGUUGAUUUGCCGAGCUUCGAGAGAUGCAAUUUGGCAUACGUGGAGUUAGCUGCAACCAUUUCAUUAGUCUUCGAGGCGCCUUACGGCACAUUGGAUCAGGCUAUGUUGGAUAAUGUUGCUACAAUGCUCCGACAUGGCCGCCGCAACCCUAAAGUACCCUUUUGGGUAAGUGGAUGUUUGUUGCAACAUUGUGGUGUAACACUAGAACGUUUGGUGGAGUUCUGCGUGAGAGAUUUGAAGUACCGGUCAGCUUGGACCCCCGAACGUCCGUGUCAAUUUGAAUGCAUGCGGACGCAAGCGCCUCCUGUGGAGAAGUAUCUUACAAGACCCUGUACGGGUCUGCGGGAGAAGCUGUUCAAUAGACUAGCUGGAUUGCCAACAGUGAGUGCAAGGGUGUUCGGUGGCAUGACCAAAAAGACACUAGACGAACUGCUGACCGCAAAGCCAAAUGGACCUGUCAACCCCACGACUAGGGCUUUACGAUGGGCCAUUGAGUACUGGCGGCAGCUGGACAAGGAGAACUACCAUUUACUUUCUCAAUUCGUCGGCGUGACACACGUAAGCCAACGACGGCAUUGGAAUAAACUCGUCCCUCGCUUAACGUCCCUGUCCCGAUUCGAACCGCGGCAGUGGACUUACUGCCAAAGCAGUGAUAAGACUAGCACUCCAGUCUACGUACCCACCCUCCCGGUCAUGACGACCAUGUCCAAAAACUUGGUGAGGGGACAACCUGGGAGUACGGAAGUUAUGUUUGGUGGAUACCGCAAGAUUCACAGCGCGCUAUCUGAAGCGCAGUGGAAGACUUUGAGGACUGUCGACGCGGCCAGCUUCAAAAAAUGCCGCCUGGAUUAUGUCGAAUUUGGCGCUAUCAUUUCCCUGUUCUUCGACACGCCUUUUGGGCUCGUUAACGAACAUAUCAUGGAAUCACUAACACCGAUGUUCGACAUUGCCAACAGGUAUCAACAUUUCCAGCACUGGAUCACCGGGUGUUUGCUGCAACACACAGGCGUUUCCACACAAGAUCUCGCUGUGUUUUGCGUGACUCAACUUAAGUACAACCCCCGUUGGGUCUUCGGGUCGCACCGGCUGCUGGAAUGCUUGAAGAAGACCGAAUGCAGACUGCCUCAGUAUCGCGAUGCCAAAAUGUUGGGCCCCUCAGAAUCAAAUGUGCAGCAACUGGUCCUGGACUUGCUAAGCAAAAGGCUGUCGGGUCUGCCCACCGUUUCCCUGGAGGAGUUCGCUGCCUUGGACCAGGCGACGCUGGACCGCAAACUAGCGGCAGAGACCUCUUGGCUUUCUCCCUGGACGUCCCUUCAGACUUUCUCCGAGACAUUGUUGGGGACAUCCCCCAACACACCCCCGGAGGCGACUCUCGGAACACCCCCGGGGACGUCGUCCGAGACGUCCUCCAACACACCCUCCGAGACGCCGCCUCCCAAGACACCCUCCGAGACCUGUUGCUUGGCUGCCGAUGCUCUUGCCCCGGUCCCGGUCCCUGCCCCGGUCCCUGCGGCGGUCCCCUCAGAAGUGGACAUAGAGACAGAGUGGGCAGGUUUAUACUGGGAGCGACUGAGCGCAUCGCGGUUCGCGGCGUUGCCGAAGACACCGGCGGACACGGCACCGCAUCGUUGGGUGAUGCGGCGGGUGGCGACUGCGAGAAUGGUGGAUCGACGAUGGACGUUGUUGUACGGAUCGACGUACAACUUGUCGCGGCCAUUGUACAUUCCGACGUUGGGCUGUCCAAGCCGGUUAACGUUGAAAGGAGGUAUUUUCGAAGACGAGUUCGCAGCGUACUGUGCAUUGCAUGAGUUACUACCGCGAGAAGUCUGGGCCCGUUUCCGAGGCAUCGCGCAACCCGAUCUUGCGCGUUGUUCCGGCGUCUAUCUCGCACUCGCAGACGCUCUACAUGUGUUCUUCGACGCUCCCUUCGGACUACUCGAUGCCGCCGCUACCGAGUUUCCGGUCUGGGACACCGCGUGUUUGCUUCAACACACGAACGCACCCGUCGACCGCCUCUUCCAAUUUGCCAUGGACCUGUACACUCGCGCCCACGUCGCGGGACUUCCCGGUACAGACUGGGACGCACGUCGUGCACAUCUAUACAAAAGCCUCAACGACACACGCACCUUCUGCGCCGCCGACCUCUCUUUCAGCCAACGCGCUUUCCAACAGGACGAACCCGCAGAAGACCUGACAGGAAAAAGAACACAACAGAAAGGUCCGGAUUUACUGGCCGACAAGACGGAAUCGAAAGGAGCCAAUCAUGAAACUGACAAGCCCUCCAAGCGGAAACGGGGUAGACCGCGCCAGGAGGCGCCGGGCAUGGACGAACCGCGAUCGAGGAAGGGGAAGAAGGACGCAACCCGUCUGGACGCAACCCGUCUGGACGCAACCCGUCCGGACGCAACCCGUCUGGACGCAACCCGUCUGGACGCAACCCGUCUGGACGCAACCCGUCUGGACGCGACCAGCCAGGACCCCGCGGUGGAGGAGGGCCUCCCGAUGGAGGAGCAGGUUCGGUCGGUGUGGGAGGAGUUCGCACCGAUCAUCUCACAAUGUAUGGAUAUCCUCCUACAAGAGGAUAUCCUUGCGCAGCAGUCCCAGUGA